GACUGUAGCUGCUGCUUGUUAAACACAGUGCUCAUCAUAUUGCAAAGCUACGGUAUUCAUAACCAGGUGCCAUGGCUGGACUAGCUCUGUCAGGCUUUGGGAGAUGCACCCACGUUAUAGUUCGUGCAAUUCCUGACUCUUUAUGUCAAGAAGCUCUGAGGAUAGAGAAAGGCAGUGUGGUGGAUAUCUCCCUGGCUAGGAAACAACAUGAGCAGUAUGUUGAGGUGCUGAAGAAUAAACUGGGGCUGAGUGUGAUAGAGCUUCCAGCAGAUGAAUCCCUCCCAGAUGCGCCCUUUGUGGAAGAUGUGGCUGUUGUGUGUGAGGAAACUGCCCUGAUUACCAGACCUGGGGCACCUAGCAGGAGGAAAGAGACUGAAGCUGUGAAGAAAGCACUGCAGGAUCUUCAGCUAAAUGUGGUUGAAAUGACAGAUGAAAAUGCUACAUUAGAUGGAGGAGAUGUUUUGUUUACAGGAAAGGAAUUCUUUGUGGGUUUGUCGAAAAGGACCAAUCAACGUGGUGCUGAAAUUCUGGCAGAUACCUUUAAGGAUUAUGCAGUUUCCACUGUGCCAGUGUGCGAGACAUUGCACUUGAAGAGUUUCUGCAGCAUGGCUGGACCAAACCUCAUUGCCAUUGGCUCGAGUGAAGCUGCCCAAAAAGCUCUAAAGACCAUGCAGCAGAUGAGUGAUCACCGCUACGACAAGCUGACAUUGCCUGAUAAUGCUGCAGCUAACUGCAUUUAUUUAAACAUUCCAAGCAAAGGGCAUGUUCUACUGCAUCUUGCACCUGAAGAUUUUCCAGAGAGUGCAAAGGUGUUUGAAAAACUGAAGGAACACAUGCUGUUUCCACUUCCUAACACCGAGCUUGCAAAAGUUGAUGGAUGUCUGACCUGCUGCUCCAUCCUUAUUAACAAAAAGAAAAGUCUCUGAGUUGAUUCAAAGCCCAGUACGUGCCAGAUAACAGAGUCUGUGGCCACUUACAAUUUGUUGAUUUAUACUGACAAUCCACCACUGUGCUACUAACUGAGUUAGUAUUUCCGUUCAGGUACUAUUCCCGUGUCUUGUGGUUGAGUAGGGCUGGCCAAAUAUUGCCAUGUGUUAGUCAUCCUCAUCCAAGUCUCCAACCAAAUGAUUUCAGGUCUUUUUUAAAUACAAUUUCCAGAUCUCUGUGUCAUUCAUUGUAACUGGGCUGAGCUGCUCAGCCAAAUCAAGUAAAGCUUUGAAACUAAAA